UCCUUCUGCCCCGCUGCGUUACAGACAGAUAGCGGAUGAUCAUGGGGAGAAGGGGAAAACUUUUUAUACUUUUAGGUUAGCGCCAUGACUUUUGGAGUAACGUUUAACUGACGUGGCUCCCGGCGCGAGGAGGCCAGGGAGUUUUAGGGGGAAACGCGACCAACACCCGGGGCAGCGGAGCGGAAAAGCGAGACGACUGACUUGGGAGUUGAGAGGAGUCCAACUAUCAGCGGUGGAAAAUCCAGUUUAACCCAACUUAACUGAAAGAUGAGCUUGUUGUCUGCCAUUGACACGAGUGCCUCCGUGUACCAGCCCGCGCAACUUCUCAACUGGGUCUAUCUGUCCUUGCAAGACCCCCACCAGACCAGCGCUUUUGACGCGUUCAGACCCGAACCCAGCUCUUCCCACCCGGAUCUCAGCUUCAGCAAGGCUCCCGCAGCGGGGGACUUGAGCUCUUCCCUCAACUCCAACUAUCUCAACAACUUCUUUCAGCUGCAGCGCAAUGAGGCCUUGAACAACAACGUCUAUAAGAAUGUGUCCCCAUAUGGCUCCCUGAACAACAUCGUGGAAGGACUCAGCUCCCUCACGGACCAUUUCUCAGAGCUCUCCCUGUCUUCAGAGCCCAGGAAACCCAACAAACGUCCCCCGCCCAACUACCUGUGCCACCUGUGCUUCAACAAGGGUCAUUACAUAAAAGACUGCCCUCAGGCCCGACCUAAAGGUGAAGGACUGACACCCUACCAGGGGAAAAAACGAUGCUUUGGCGAGUACAAGUGCCCCAAGUGUAAAAGGAAGUGGAUGAGUGGAAACUCCUGGGCCAACAUGGGACAAGAAUGUAUCAAAUGUCACAUCAAUGUGUAUCCACACAAACAGGUAGCAGAUGAGUCGGGGACACGUGCGAACGCUGCAGUAUACGGGUAACCAGUAGGUGGAGUCGACAAAAUGAGCAAGACACACUCACCAUGGUGACUCAGUCUCUGGUUUAGAGGUCUUUCAUACCAUCUUCGAUAUCACUGCUGUCUCUUUCUGUCGUAAACCCAAAAUUAACCAGUUACUGAUCUCUUCUAUUGACGCCAUGUUUGUUUUGGUUGUACCCACAAACUCGACUCUCUGUGCGGUCUGAGUAUUCUAGUGCGCCCCCUAGUGGAACACCCCAGUACUAAGUGCAGUACAGUUCUGUGCAGCAGCAAGUAUGUGAACAAAGAUGGAACCUGCUGCCUGUGCCAACAUGAGGUCAAACAUCAAGUAUAUCACAGCUCUAAAAGUGUCCAUCAACCUCCAUUAGCUUCAGUUAUCUCAGUUAGCUUGUAGCUGAAUUGACUCAGAUUUUGAUGCGUGCCAUUCAUCUGCCCACAUAAUAACAGUCCCAGUCUCAGUUCCAUUUUUGUAGUUUCUGGAAAUGACAAGACACGUUACACGGCCAAGAUGGCAGGGGUGGGAGCGAACCAUUAAAACAAACUGGGCUCUUUAGAAACCUACAGGUGAUGGCACGGAGGGUUUAUCCAUCUUAUAUUUACAGUCUAUGGUUUUAAUAUAAUUUCAAUUAGCUUGUUGAAUACAAGUGAGGAAAACAAGUGAGGUACAUUUCCGUACAACUUUAUCUUGUACUGUCUAACCUAUUUUUUACGUUUUUGUCAUUCAAUUUACUAAAAGAAAUCUAGGAUUGAAACUAGAGUUUCUCCUUGGCGCUCCACCCAGUUAACAUUUGGAUGAAAUGAAAAAGGAAAGAGAUAUUGCACCACUAAUGUCUACUAAUUGCUUGGCAACUAAAAAAGAUAUUUGUUUCCAAAACUUGUGUUUAAUCAUUUGUAUAGUGUUCAUCAAGGUGAGACAGUCACCAAGAAUAAUAACUUAUCACCGUGUUCUAAUGGCCAAGUAUUUCUCAACCUGACUCACAUGUUUCCUUUGGAUUCAGUGGUGGGUAAACACCACUCUUCUCUGCUUUUGUGUCCUUUGUCAGAGAAAUACUCUUGUUGAUAAAACUAAGGCCCUGUCCACACGUAGCCGGGGAUCUGCCAAAACGUAGAUAUUUUUCUACGUUUUGGCCUGUCAUCCACAUGAAAACAGAGUUUUUUCACACGAAAACGGAUCUUUUCAAAAACUCCGGCCAAAGUGAAGAUCUGCGUUUUCUCCGUUUUGGGUGUCUGCGUGUGGACAGAUAAAACCGGAGUUUUAAGGUCCGCAACGUCACUUUCCGCGACAAAAAAAUGCUGACAUCACGUGUGCGACCUGUGUUUACGCUAGCCGACAGCAUGGAUGCCCUCAGAUGCCCUCAUAGCUGCGCUCGCUUUAUCAAUUGUCCAAGCGCUUUUUGAUUGUGUGUUUUUGCAAGUGGAAUUACUGCUCCUUGCGGAAGACCACAAACGAAGGACGAGGUUAAGAACGGGGUAAGUACUGCCGCCUACAGGUCUGGCAUGUCCUUAACAACGCAUUUAUCCGGGUACGUGUGGACAGUUUUUUUUAAAACGAGGUGGUGUGGAUGCAAGUUUUUGGAGGGGCGGAUAUUCGUUUUUAAAUAAACCUGGCUACGUGUGGACUAGGCCUAAAUAUGCAUUUUUAUAAUAUUUUAUAUGAUAUGAAAUACAACAUCAGAUAAGUAAAUAGUUAUCAAAAGAUAGACAGAUAUUACAGUUAGGUCCCUUUGGACACUGACACAAGUUUUACUUGUUAACCUGUUUACUGAAAUAUAUUCAGAUUACAAUUUCGCAAUGAAGAAGUGUGGACACUCGUGAUUCACUGUAGGGAAUAGGGACACAUUCAAAUUGGAUGAUGGGUUUAUGGGUUUCGGUUCUGUAGCAUGUGCCACCCUCUUUUCAAAUGGGCCAAAAGAUAUUUGGUAAUUCAUUUAAAAGUAAUUUCAUGGACAAUGCCUUCAUUUUUCACCAUCAAUUAGACAGAUAAGGCCUGGAGUUGAUUUCAGGUGUCUUGUUUGCAUUUGGGAGAUUGAAGUGUGAACGUACAACAUGUAGUCAAAUUAACUCCCUAUGCUGGCAAAACAGGUUAUCCUUAAAGUUAAAGCCCCAUUAGUCAUUAUCUCUCACUGCUGGAAUUACAUUUCUGCAUUUGGCCCAUCCCUUUGGGGGGCAGUGGCUGCCCUCAGGAACUAUUUGGUUUAACCCCCCAAAUCACCCCUUAAAGCUGAGCAUCAAAGCAGGCAGGCAUUGAGCCCUAUUUUUAAAAUCUGAAAAGUAUGUAAAAGAGCUGUAGCAAAAAUUGAAAUCCAGUGAAAUCAAAACAAUCAACCCAUCUGUGAGAGCUUGUCAGCUUCCCCAACUAAUAACAAAACAAAAAUAUCAUAGAGUUACAUGUUCAUUUUCAUUAUGCCAGAAACUUUCACCUCUAGUGACUUCAUAGUUUAAUCUCUUUGCUUCCAACACUGGAAUCAACUAACAACGAUACCAGUCCUAAUUAUAAAAAUAAUAUUUCAAAUCCACAUAGAUUCAGUAAGGUAAGAUCACUUCAGAGCACAUCAACAAUGUGCAAUGUCACUCAAUAAUGCUGCUCAAAUAAUGUGUAAAAUUUGUCAACAGGAGAUAAAUACUGCUACAUUUUUUCCCUCUUUUAUAUUUCAUUCAAAAUAAAAACAAAUAAAACAUAUAAACAUUAAGAAAUACAUAACAAAGAAUAUUUUUACGAAAAGGAGCAGAAUGAAGAAAAACAUCUUAUAACUUCUGCCCUCUUUUCCAGAAGAAAUAAUCUAUUUAUAUACAAUUUCCUUUUGUCAGACACACAUACAGAUUCAUUUAGAACUUUUUCCUGUUCUUAAUUCCAGAGUGAUCAUGAUCAUUGAUCUAAUUUACAUUUUCAUAAUUAUUUUGUACAUUCAAUUUGGUAAAUUUUUUGAAUAUAUUAAAUGACAGAGUUUUUUUAAUUUCCCUUUUAAGGUUAUUCCAUAAUUUAACACCAUUUACAGAUAUAUUCCAUUCCUUAAUAUUAGUUCUAAAUCUAGGUUUUGUAAACACAUCAGUUUCUUUCAGCAUGUAAUUACUAGUUCUCUUUUCAAAUAUCCCCUGAAUGUUUGUUGGCAGAUUACCUAAAUUGGCUUUAUACAUGGUUUGUAAGAUUUUCCUGUCUUUUAAAUCAUGAAAUUUCAGUAAUUUAUAUUUAAUAAACAACGGGUUUGAUGGAUCUCUACAGCCACUAUAACUGAUGAUUCUCAAAGCUCUUUUCUGUAAAAUAGAUAAGGGUUGUGUAUAGCUUUUGUAUGUUGCUCCCCAAAUUUCUACACAAUAAGUCAGGUAUGGAACAAUCAGUGAAUUGUACAAUGCCAACAAACCAGAAUUAGUCACUAAAAACUUGACUCUAUGUAAUACUCCAAAGGAUUUGGCAAUUUUACCUUUUAUGUAACUAAUAUGGGAUUUCCAUGUCAAGUCUUCAUCAAUAAGAACUCCAAGAAAUUUAGUUUCUUUUACUCUUUGAAUUUCAGUCCCAUCUAUUUCCAAUGACACAUCACUGUUCUUUUUAUCAUUAAACAGUAUAAAAUUAGUUUUAUUAAGAUUCAGUGUCAAUCUAUUUAUUAUUAGUUCCAAACCCAUAUUGUUCAUUGUUUAAAUCAGAGAUGCUAAGCGAAUUUGGACAGCAGAAUUAUCCAAACAAAAUAAAACUCAGUACGUUAAAUUGAACAAUAGAUUUUUCUAAGAAAAAUAAAACUCAUUUGUCACAUAGAUUCAGUUAAUGAUCAAAAAUAAAAUAACUGAUGGUGUUUUUAGAUGCACACAACUCUAAAGGUGUUUGAAAAGAUGUUAACCGUUUCAGGAAGGGAAAAGACGUUCUAACCAAAAGAAAAAAAACAGCAACAAAAAAAUAACUAAGAAAUAAUUCAUAAGUUACAAAAGUGUACUUUGUGUAAAAGUGGUUAUACUACAGGAACCUAGAAAGUGCUUGAGAAAGAACCCUACAUAGCUAAAGGGUCAAGCAGAGGAGUCUAACUAAACGUGAUAAUGAACAACUAAAGGAUUUAUACUCAGAAACAACAAAAAGUAAUCAAAAAUAAAAGACUGACAAACCUAAAAACUACUAGAUUCAUAUGUAAUCAGGUCAUUCUCAUAUUAAUAUGACCAUCACAUAGCAGUUGUCAGGUCAUCAUACUACUGAGCAAAUCUAAGGGUCAUUUAGAGCAAGCGUCAUCUUAUAAAGCUUGUCUACCAAUAACAAAACAAUGAUGAUGAGUCAAGGGUGAGAGCUGUCUAAUGAGCUGCAGCUCUGUCCUUGUUGAAUUAAGGAGGUGAUAAGAAAGUGAGAGCUAAUCUGCUCAAAAGUAGGGGCAAAAUAAAGAAUUUGUAAAAACAGAAAGCAUUCACUAACCUACACAGAAGGAGUUCAAUAUUAAAUUACAUAAACAUUUAAUUUAGAAACGAUAUAGAUUGGCUAACACAAGGUGGAGUUAUGUUGUCAUGUUGGGUGUUAACCGUCUGACCCAAGACAUACAGAAUCAACUCAGAGUCAGGAGGAUGGGUGAGAAACCAAACAAUCAUUUAUUAGUUCCAACUAAAGGAGCACCGUAAAAGGGUAGGUGAUGAUUAGGAGCUUAGCUCAGUUCAUUUACUCCAAAUCCUGGGGCUCAAAGUUCGGGGUUAAGGAGGAGAGGAGGGUUCGGUUGGCAGGUGAGUGGCAGGAGGAGCGCGGGACAGGGUGAUCCUCAAAGGUGGUGGUGGUGGUGGGGGGGAAUCCUCGGAGUCCUGAGGGGGUUGCAGCAGGAGGCGGAGAGCUGGUCGGUCGGAAGAGGUUGGGAGCGGGAGACAGGCAUGGAUCUGUGACUUAUGGCAGGUUCUGUAAGUGGAGGCUCGACCAGAAGGGGAGGGGGAAACAGGUAAGGUUACUCGGGACGAAGCUCGGAAGACAAUCUGGUCAAAGAUAAAAGGCUUGUGACACUCAGGUGAAUGGGGCGGACUCUGGCAAUAUUCUUUAGAUGAUAAAAACCUAUUUUUGUGAUAUUUUUAAUGUGUGGGAUAAAAGUCGAGUCAAAAAUCACACCCAGGUUCUUCACUUGUUCAGAUAGAUUAAAAGACCGAGAUUGUAAUUUCGGUAAAAGCUUCUCUCUCUGGGCCUCAGGACCAAUGAAUAAACCUUCAGUUUUGUCCUGGUUGAGCUGCAGAAAGUUCUCUGCCAUCCAGGAUUCAAUGUCUAAAAUACAGUUAAAAAGUGCAUCCAUUGACCGAGAGUCAUCAGGAGACACAGAGAUGUACAACUGUGUAUCACCACCAUAACUGUGAAAGUUGACCCCGUGACUCCUGAUGACACUGCCAAGAGGGAGCAUAUAAAGAUUAAAAAGCACUGGGCCUAAAAUUGAACCCUGGGGCACACCACAUGUAAUCCCAUGGACCCUAGAGGAACAGGUAUCCAAACUCACCAUGAAAGUCCUGUCUGUGAGGUAGGAUGUGAACCAUCUGUGUACAGCACCAGAGAGGCCGAUCUGUUUUAAACCAGUUAAAAGAAUAGUGUGGUCUACUGUAUCGAAGGCAGCACUUAGAUCCAGUAGAACCAACACUGUCGACUUCCGUUUGUCAUAAUUUACUCUAAAAUCAUUUAAAAUCUUCAGAAGGGCCGUCUCUGUGUUGUGGUUUACCCUAAAACCAGACUGAAAUUUCUCUAGGACAUUAUUAGUGUUAAUAAAAUCAUUUAGUAGAUUUAAAACCAACUUUUCUAGAAUUUUGCUUAAAAAUGGUAAGUUAGAUAUUGGUCGAUAAUUGUUUAAUUCAUUAAAAUCUAAAUUGCUCUUCUUCAACAGGGGCCUCACCACCACCCUUUUAAAGGCAGCAGGAAAGACCCCUGUCUGAAGGGAACAGUUCAUCAGGGUUAAAAUCUCAUCACUAAAAGAUCCAAAGAAUUGUUUAAAAAACGAAGUUGGGAUUGGGUCCAGAACACAUGUGGUGGGUCUCACUGAGGAGAAAACUUUUAUCAAGACUCUCAGCUUCUAUCAGGACAAAGCUGUCCAGUGUUUCCUCUGGUAUAGACACACAUUCAGAUUUAUCUAAGACCUUAUUACUUAUGGAGGAUAAAAUAUUCUUUCUGAUGGUGUCUACCUUCCCUCUGAAGUGGGCUGCAAACUCCUCACAGAGAGCAUUUGAGGGUGUUUUCUGAGGUGAAUUGGAUGUACGGUUUAAAACGUUGUUUAUGGUGGAAAAAGGUAUUCUGGGAUUGUGUUUAUUGUCUAGAAUGAGUUUGGAAAGCUAUGCAUUUCUUGAAUUUCUCACUGCGUUAUUAUAUGAUUUAAGUAGCUCUGUAUAUAUUUGAUGAUUUAUAGUUGUUUUGUUCUUUCUCCAUCUCCGCUCUGCAACCCUGCAAUUUCUCUUUAGUUUCUUUAGAUUUUCAUUUCUCCACAGUGAAGCACGUUUUGAAUAUAGAUUUUUGAUUUUAAGUGGAGCGAGCAGGUCGAGAGCGGAUUUCAGUCUAUUGUUAAAAUCAUUGACAGUAAAAUCACAAGAGGCAGUUACCGGAGUGGGAGGGAUCUUUCUAAAAACUUCAAGAAAACCUGCAGCCACUUCAGGGGUGAGAUGGCGUUUCAUUACAGUUCUCACAGAGGGUUCCAGCUGGAUUAAACUGGUGAUGCUAAAAAAUACACAGUAGUGAUCAGAUACAGCCAAAUCAAUAACAGAGGACACACUGGUGGACGGGCCAUACGUGAUGACCAAGUCCAGGGUGUGUCCUCUGUUGUGAGUUGGCUGUGUGACAUGUUGACUAAAAUCCAUAUAACUCAGAAUAUUUAAAAACUCCCUUGAAAAAGGAUCAGAAGGAUUAUCUAUAAGUAGAUUAAAAUCACUGGCUAAAAUGAUCCUUUCAAAGCAGUUGAGCAGGAUUGAUAAAAACUCUGAAAAUUCUUGAAUAAAAAUGGCACUCUGCUUAGGAGGCCGAUAAACUGUGACACAUAAAAUCUGAGGAGAACUAAAAACUGCUGCUGUAUAUUCAAAAGUGGUAAAAUGAUCAAAUAAAACUGGUUUGGCAGAAAGUAUUGAUGAACUAAUAAAAGCAGUACCGCCUCCCCUUUUGCUACUCCUCGUCGAAAAAUUCAAAUUAAAAUCUGGCGGAGAGACCUCUGUGAGAAAAACAGGUGCAUCUCAACUCAGCCAUGUUUCUGUUAAAAGCAGACAGUGAAGAUUACGAUCUAAAAUCAGGUCAUUUAUUAAAAACGUUUUGUUCAGCAGAGAAUGAACAUUUAAAAGAGCCAUAUUAAUAGCAACUGGUGAAGGAGUGACUGUAUUAACUGAAGGUGGGACUUUUGGUAACUGUUUUAGAUUAUUGGGGUUGCCUUUGUUUGGUUUAUGAUUGUUUGUCCGCUCUCUGCUGAUAAUAACAGGUAUGAAUGAGGUAUGGCAAGGUCCAAGUCCGAUAUGUGAUUUACUGUUAAAAUCAUGGCUGGGCUGGUAGGAGCAUGGACCAGCUACACAUCAGGAAGUGGGAGCAGUUGAGGCCGGUGGAGUAGGCGGGGGUGGGAUGGGGGUGGGGGGGUCGUGGACAAGCCAGGCUCAUUGUUAGAGUACGGGUCCCCUGUCUAUUUAGGUGAAGCCCAUCCACUGGCAAAAGCAGCAGCGUUGUGGAAAGAAUGUUAGCUAGCACCCAGAAGUUAUUUAUCGUUACCCUACGAAGCCACAACAUCCUUUUUUGUUUUACUCUAUUAUCGGACAAAUAAGUCUAGAGGCUAGCUUUUAGCUAACAAUGCUAACAUGAAUUAGAAAUAAAUUGUCAGCUCUAAGUGUCACAAAUUCACUUGUAGUUUUCUGCUCAGUUUAAUUUGUUCUAAUAUUUAUGAGAUUUCCAUGAUUUGCUUUAUUAAGCCUGAUAUUUAAUCUGUGUGAUUUUGGCCGUGGGCAGGACACUGUCUCUAUGGGGUAGUGGGUGGGUGCAGAAGCUGCAGAGGGGUGUGUUAAACUACGACUCUGCUUCCUGGUCUGGACCCUGGGUUGCCAUGAAGGACUAAUAAAACUGGCCAUAUUCCUAGAAAGAAGAGCUGCUCCACCCAAAGAGGGAUGGAUGCCAUCUCUCCGCAUCAGACCAGGUUUUCCCAAAAAGUUUUCCAAUCAUCAAUGUAGCCCACGUUGUUUUCAGGACACCACCUAGACAACCAGCGGUUGAAGGACAGCAUGCGGCUAAACAUGUCGAAAACAACCCAGAACUUUAUUAAGAAUAAGUGGAAUAAUCUCAAAUGACUAGGUCAGUGAACUGAUCUUAACCCCACUGAGCAUUUAACUUGCUGAAGACUAAACUAUGAUCUGAAAGGCCCUUAAACCAAAGCAACUUAAAGCUGCUGCAGUAAAUGCUUGGCAAGGCAUCAAAAAGAAGCAAACCCAGUGUCUGGUCAUGCCCAGGAAGUCAACACUUGAGGCAUUCAUUGCCUGCAAAGGCAGAACUGAGCAUGUUAUUUGCAGUUAUAUUAAUGAGUGCACAGCUCCAGAAGUGGAAUGCCGUCACCUUCUCCAUACUCUUUCAGGUCAAAAUACCUAAUGUGUAAUAGGCCUUUCCAGGGAACAGGCUAAGGCUUGGACUCCAUUUGCUGGAACCUUCAAUUGACACCACAGAAUUCCAGCUCCACUCCACUUUAGCCAUUGAGAGGACACCAGAGGACAUCGGAAUUUCCUUAAGCCCAUAAUGUCUUCGACACUGCUUUACUAAAGUUUCAACGUUUGCUGGCGGACUCACUAGUGGACAACUGACAAUCUCUUUGUAAUGACCCAUGGUAACCGGAUUUCCUUCAGCUGGACCGAUUCGAGUAAAUAAAGUGUUACUUUUUUGUGUGUUUCCAACUAAAAGAUGAGGAAUAAAAUUGUCCAGCUGGUCUCUUAAAAUCACCUCCAACUGUGCUGGCUUCAGAAACAUUUCCUUUGUACCUGAUAAUGAUUCCAAGAAGCCUAAUGCUAAUAUUUCUGUGCAGGUCAUCAUAAUCAGAUCCUAAUAGAUCCCUUUGCUUCAGCACAAUGCUGUUCCAUAACUCCUGGUGCUCUGCCAUGUCUCUCUGUAGCCACUCUGUAAUUGUGUUUAGUUCACGUCUGGUCUGAAGAAUUUUCUAAUGGUGUUGAAGAACAGAUUAGCUACCCGUGCUGCAGUGCUAGACCUGCUGCCAAAGAAACUGCUCGCAAAACUACCAAGCUUUUAUACCCGGCUGCUGCUUUUUCUUCAGGUUUUUAUUGAGCCUUGUUAACUGUGUUGUUUGUAUCCACAGCGACCUUUAGAGAAGCCAGAUGGCCUGGACGUGUCCGACCAGAGCAAGGAGCACCCACAGCAUUUGUGUGAGAAAUGUAAAGUUCUGGGUUACUACUGCCGCCGUGUGCAAUAAUCAUCUCUAUCCAGAGGAAGAGGAGAACGACUGUGUCCCAAGUUGUGUUACCUGGAAUCUUCAGAACCCAGUUCACAGCUAACCUGUCCAUCUGUAUCUAGGAACAGUAGCUCAGAUCCUCUCGUUCACUGGGAUGCCUUCUCCCUCUUAGCCACCUGUUUAUCCAGGAGUAAUCGCUCUGUGUGCUUUUCCUCAAAGAAAAACAUUAAAUAAAUGUCCAUAUAUUAGAAACUGCAUUACUGCAACAAACAAUCAUACUAAUGAAUCGGCACCAAGUAUGUAUUGUGUUGGUGUCACUGAUGAGAAGUCUAGUGUCAAUGCCUCACCUUGGGGUUUGUUGGCUUUGUGUUUACAGAAAUCUGCUUUUCCAUCCUCCUGCCAAGUGAAGUGUGUGAAAUGAUUUAACCAGGGCUACUAACAACGGUAUGAUGUAAAUGGAGGCCUUCGAUGUCUUGCCGCACCUGCAGCACAUCUUCUUAACUGUGAAUUAACUGAGGGAUAAAGUGCCAUACAUCCCUAGCUUACAUUUGGCAUAUUUAUUUUCUCUUUUGUCUAGUGUGCAAUUUGAAUUUUAACUGGGACAUGAGUAUUUUUUAACGUGUGUGUAUCAAAUUAUUGUGUUCUUGCUUCUGUGUGUAUUUAGAAACUACUGUAGGUUCAGUUGCUUAAAGAGAUGCUCCUCAGUUAAAUUGCAGCCCCCUGUCUUUGUAGCUUUACUAAGUUAUCUGCAGUGUUCCACGCAUCCCAAUCCUAGCCAGAUAAGUUGCAUUACUGUAAUUUAAAAUACAAACACGAUAUUAGAGGUUAAGCUUCUAAUAUAAAAGUCGUUUAGGUUUAGUUGAUACCAGGUAGCCUUUGUAGGGCGGUCACAUUAAAAGAAGGAUGUUAAUGUUGAAAGAAACAAAGUUUACAUACAGACUGGUUUGUGAAAGUGAUGCACCAGAUUUUUAUAUGUGUUGAAAGUAAUGGGGAAGUAUGCAUAGUCAUAUUUUAAGGUGCCUACAGUUCAUAAAUGUAAUUUAAGGAAGAGAGGUAUCCAUCGUGAUUAUGUUUAGUGUUCUAAAGCGCCUGAAACCUGCCUUUCAAAAAGCCUUUUUAUAGGAAGACUGAGCUCACAUGUACUGUAUUUAAACCAUUUUACAAGAAGUUUGAUAUUUUAUACUGUUACAUUCUACAUGUGCCUUAAACUAAGUCAAGGCUAUAGGAUUUAAACUUUCAGACAUGUUAAAGAGCCUAGAGGUGGAGCGGAGGAUGUGCAUGGGGAAUGUUGAUGUUUAGAAAGUCAGGUGGAAGUUCAAGAUGUGACAAAAGAGAAAAAAACGACCCUUUGUUAGAGGUUGAUCGUGGAGAAUGGACGCUCGCUUUACUGAUCUGGAGGUUUAAGUUGAUCCAGCAUUUCCAGCUGCCAGGAACACUGUGGUUUUUCAUGGAAUUUAUAAAUACACUAAAAGUGGGUAGGUUGAAUGAAGUUGCUGUUAAAAAACUUUUUGGAACUCAUUCAUUGUUAGAUAUGUUUUUCCAAAAAGCCUAAAUGAACCAAGUUACUUUUAUGGUACAUUACAGCGUGUGGAAAUGUAAGCGCACUCCAAGGACUUCGUACCCCAUAAGGUUGGGAGGCUAACACUAAUGAUGGAUGAAGUCUCUAGUAGCAACUUUAUUAUAGCAACUUAAAACUUUAAACAUGGUGUUGUCAAUAUUUAUUCCUGAAUAUGGAUGAAGUCUCUCUAGAACUCUAGAAGACCGCAGGUAUAGUUUAGAGAUUUAGAGAGAAAUUCUCACAAGAGUAGUUGGCACAAUAAAUCCCAUUCGAGAAUACAUUUAGGCUACCUUAAACAUCUUUAAAGAUUUCACUAGUGGUUUGAGCCAAUAUGAUACAGAUUUUUGCACAAAACAGGUCACAAAGCAUGUCCAAAGCACCGCCUAGGGGCCAUUUGUGGCCCUUGGAGUGCUUUUGCCCCCAAUUACAUUUUUAGAAUGGUGAAAUUUUGUCCAGGCUGUUGAUGUAAAUUGACAAUUUUUAACAUUCUUAUGAUCCGAUGGCCUUCAAGGACUUCUAACUUGAGGAUUUUAGCCAUCAUGUUUGGACACCCCUGGGUUACAUCAUCACUCGUGUAGCUAAAUGUGCAACUAAGAGCAAUUGGUUGCACAAUAUGCCCUUUAUACGUGUGGUUUUGUGUAGCAACACAGAUAAUAUUCAGUUGAAAAAUUGCGAUAACAUAAACGAUUGUCUUAUGCAAAACUGACUACAUAAAGUUGAAUUGACCUCGUUGUACAUAGGCGUUAGAGUAACAUCCUCGUAGUUUUCUAACGUAAGAUCACCUGUCCACUGCAGGUAAGAUACUUACUGUUCAUAGGUAGUCCAUACAAUCCUACUUAAACAAUAUAUAUUAAAGCCUAAAACUGUUGGGAACAAUCCAUUUAUCUUACUGUUUGUUUCUCUGUGAAAAUGAGACUAUCAGGUGUUAUCAGACUCUCACUGUCAACAUAAAAACACGUGGCUGUAGUGAGAUGAAUACGUACCAAUGAUGCCUUUUGAAUGAACCUCAUAAGUAAUGAUGUUGUGAUUUAUUAAAUCCUGUCUGGACACUUUAUUCCACACAGAAACAAGUUGUUUCAAACGUCGCCUCAAAACGAAUACGAAGCAGAUGAAAGAAAACACGAAAAAAGGAUUUACUCGGGUGUCUUGAAUUACACUUACUUUCGUUACAUUUCAAAUUUGUUUUUGUUUUUUUCUACGAAAGUGAUGUGUAUUUUGGAACACGUUAAAGAUGUUGAAAAUUCAAACUCAAACGUUUCCCUGCCGAAAAGAUUUUUAUGUAUAUAUUAGAUGGCCAUCCUUUUCAAGAAAGUGUUUAACAAUAUUAAAGUUUUUCUUUGUCUAUGAAGAAGGGCCUGUUAUUGAGUAAUAAUCAAAGCUGGGAGUGUUUUCUUUUCUGUUUUUUUACAAUAAUCUGAAGGGUUAUCCUACAGAAAUAUUUAAGGAAUUACUUUUUACAACACUUUUGUAUAGAAUAUGCAACAAAGUUAAGAAGGAAAUAUUGAUGUCUGCAUAGAUUAUUAUUAAAAAAAGUUGGUACAUAAUGAAUAUCCUCUCAUUUAUAAGCCAUGUAUUAAACAUGUUUUGUUUUGACGUUAUUGGUGUUGAAUAACCCACGUUUUUCAGUUGCUAUGUGACUAAUUAUUUGCUGCCAUUUACAUCCAUACAGCCCCAUGUACUUGUUUUGUAAACAAUAAUAUGAAGAUAUAUUGUGUUAACAUGCAGAAAUCUUUUGUGUUUGUUUGUUUCUUAACUAGUGAUGGAUACUCACCACUGUAUAAGCACAUUAAACUGUGAGAUGUAGUUUGCUUAACGCAGCAAUGACAAGAAAUUAUUAUAAAACUUUUACUAGUAGUGUAGAAAGUGUAUACUUUUGUCAGAAGAGUGUGUUUGACAAAGAACUGUUUGAGUUUGCAUGUGCAUGUGUUUGAGUUAAAUAUUAUUUUGUGCAAUGUAUUUAAAAUCCUACAGUACAUUAUUCUGAUUAUUUCAUUUACCACAAGUGUAGCCUCUACGAAUAACACGUAUUUACUGAAUAUAAUGCGGUAAAGCUAAUGUGGUCAAGUUGGAAAGUUACUUUUAUCCUAUACUGUGCAUAUUUCUUGAGAUGUUUGUAAUGCAUUUAUUUGCAGUCGUGCAAAGUUUGAAAUGGACAGAGGGCAGACAUGAGGUGAAGUGUUUAGGAAACAGGAGAGGUUUGGAAAGUCCACCGCAGGUCUGUCUCUCAUGUCCACGAAACGGCAUUCCAAAAUGUGCCUUAUUUGUUCAGAUGGGGUCAAACAUUUUAGUGCUUUUGUGCUGUUGCGUCUUUGGUGAAUAAACAUUAAAUUGAAUUAUUA